AUGUCAGGCUUCGGACUCGCUGCGGAAAUUGAUGACGGCUCUUUGCCUGGACCGAGGGAUGAUUUUGGGCAGCAGGGGGCGUCUUCGGGAUUCGUCGCUGAGGCAAGCCUUGGCGGUGGCAUUCCGCCGGUGCAGCACCCGCGCAGUGCCUCAGGGCAGAGCGAUCCCGUGCUUCCUGCGCAGCUGGUCCCAGGCAGGCGGAGGGCCCCCCAACUGGCCAACGACUUUGGCCUAGCAGCAGAAACAUCGGGUCUGCAUACAACACCGGAAGACCCAGAUCCUAACUUUCCGGUACCAGACGCCCGAAAGGGCGGGAGGCCUAUGGGAGGCGCAGCAGCUGCUGUAAACACUGCUGCCAGGCAGCCCAGGCGUGUUGGCCCCGUGGGAGGCAGAGAACGGCUUGCACAGCGCUCCGACCUCGAUGCGGGCCUGGUUAAGGACAACACCAGACGACCUCAGCAGAUACCGCCGACUGCGAUGUACCCUCCGGACGAUCUGGGUCCCGCGUCCACAGGUCCCGGGUCGCCCUUUGAGGACCCCGCUGAUCUGUUUGCGCGUACCAAGGCGCAGAAGCUGCUCAGUCGCCAGACUGCCUCGCGUCUCGCACAGCAGCAGCUAGACCGGCAGGACAUGGAACGUGCUGCGGUCACCAUCCAGCGCCACUACCGGGGCCACCGUGUGCGCAAGUCGCUGCCGCCGCAGGCGCCCAUCUUCCGCCGCGGGGGCCCGCGGUCGAGGGCGGCGGCGGUGGGGCCGGCUGCGGUGGCCGCACCGGGCGUGCGCGAUGAGCAUUUUGGGCUGACGCCCGACCAACAAAUGAUGGGGAGGGUGCGGUUCGACCCGGGGACGAGCUUCGAGCCUCGACGGGCGCUGCCCACCGUGCCCAUCAUCGACAUCGACAGGAUGCCCAAGUACGGCGUCCUGGUGCCGCCGCUGCCCCGCGCGGAGCGCCGCGCAGGUACCUUCAUUGAGUACAAUCGCGACACACACACCUUUGUUAAGAACCGUGACGUGUUGCGUGAGGCUCUGGAGCACCGGAGGGACUACUUGGAGCAACGGCCGCUGAUUCAAUGGGCGGAGUUCUCUGCCCGGCAGAAGCACCGCUAUGCGCCCAUUCCGCCGGACGCCAAUCGCCGGGUGUUGCCGGAGACGCAGGGCUACCGCCUGCGCAUCCUUAAGGUCAGCGACAUGCCCAUCAACACAACCUUCGACGGCCGUACCUUUGAGUUCCAACUCGGCGUGUCUCUGUACGAUGAGGCGUAUGGCAUUUUCUACGGCAACACGUGUUACAGCAUGGCGGAUACGUACGACCGGGGCCGCGCGGCGCAGCGCAACGCCAUCGACCUGGACGUGUCUUUCGACGUGUAUUACCACACGACGGUGUCUGACCCGCGUUGCAUGGCGGUGGUUGAGGUGAUCAUGUUGGAGCGCAUGCUGGACGGAGUGGUCAAGGGGCAGUACUCGCUGGGCUGGGCGCUGCUGCCGCUAUUCAGGGUCUCCCAGAAUCCUCUGCCUCCGGGAUACCCCGCGGUGGGCGCCAUGCAGCUGGAUGAUGUGCCGGGCCGCCCCAUGGCUGCUCGCCUGAUGGCGGGCACCCCCCGCUACCUGCUGUUCCGCAACGUGUACAAUGAGGAGCUCAGGCCGCCCAAGGUCAUACCCGACGCCACCAUAUUGUUCCAGGCCGAGGUGUACCCCGCCAUGGAGCCCUACAUCCCCUUGCUCCCCGAGAACUUCCUGGUCACGUACAGCGACACCGUGCCGGGGCUGCGUCGCUUCGCCGCGUCCGGCCACCUAUCCACCACCACCAAGACCGUCAUCUCCUCCCUGGCUUCCCCCAUGCUGAGCCCCACCUACUCGGUGAUGCUGAGGCGGCUGCAGCUGGCGCUGCCCAUGAGGGUGCAUGACCUGCUCAUGUCGCUGGAUGCGAGGCAUGGCAUGGCGACGGGCUACGUGCCGCCUCCCGGCACCACCGCGGCGCAGUCUCCCAUCUACCAGUCUCCCUCCACCGGCUCCCUCACCUACACCAUCCGCGUGUCGGUUCACAACGGCCGUACCUUCGUGGGCCCCGCCUACGAGCUGAACGACUUGACCCACCUGGACGUACCGGGCUGGAAGGUGCUGCAGGUGCCCACCCCGCACCCGGUGUUCGAUUACGUGAUGGCGGAUGUGCUGGUGACCAUUGUAGUGGAGCUGCUGGCGACACCACCGCAGGCGCCACCACCGCCAGGUUUAGCACCUCUACAAUAUCUGAUCGGCUACACAUCUUUCGUGCCCUUCUCCGACAUUCGCGAGGACGGCAGCUCAGCCCACGUGGCUGUGGGGGUGCACCGCUACCAGCUCAGGCCACCCGUGCCGCUGUUGCUCCGAGACCAGCCGCCACUCAACUGGAGGGCCAUGCUGGGAGACAUGCUGAGCAUGGAUGUGCCGGAGCCGUUGGUGGAGUUCCAGCUGUUCGAGACGGCCCGCACACCCAUCUUGCCGCCCCUGAAGAAGGUCUUUGCGGUAAUCGAAGCUCAGCGCGAGGAGGAGGCCCAGAUGGGCGACCAGCCCCUGGAGCAGCUGCUACAGCCUGUUCCAGUACCCGGGCAGAUACAGCCACCCCCCGAGGUCAACGAGGUGGACCCACAUGCGCGGGAGUCGCCCCCGCUGCCACUUCAGCCGGCGUUCGGGAUGGAGGAGGCGGGCCUGGAGCGAGUUCCCUCGGGGGAUGUGAUAAUUCAGAGCAGGAGAAGCUUGGGUUCCAACCGGGAUUACGUGCUCCCCCCCGAGCUGACCGAGCUGACUGCCGCCAUGCAGCGACAACUGGAGCUACUCACCCGGGCUGUGGACGAACUCAAGGACCGGCCUAUCCGUUCGUAUGGCUGUUCGCUGUUCGCUAAGCUGUCUUUCUGUCCGUCUGUCGGUUUAUCUGUCAACGUGCGGCUGUGUCCGCAGGAGCGCAAGUCCUUGCGGAACUCCCUCCUGACGCUCACGGACCGCCAGGGACUGCCGGACGACGUCAACCCCCGCGACAACGCCGCAGCGGCGGUGCAGCGCUAUUACGAUGCACAGCGAGAUAGGAGGGGCACCGGAGCACAGCCUACCCCCGAGGAGCUUAAGCGCUUCUUGGACAUGGAGCCCACUCGCAACUUCGGGGAUCAGGCCAUGUUCAGCGGGGCUCAGGCACCAGACGGCAAGAUGCCCGGGUCAGCACCCUCCAGGGUGCUGCUGCAGCAGCUGCACGACGCGGGCAUGCUCGACGCGCUGCCGGGCGACGUCCAGGCCAUCCUGCGCCGCCGCGGCCCGCCGCCGCGCGGCCCCUCCGCCAUGCCGUACGACCUUGCCAUCGAGGCCCGGGACCCACGGGUCGCCUCCGACAUCGUACUGCAGUUCCUGGCGUACCGGCAUCACGACACGCUCAACGCGCCGGUCAACCUCAAAUCGCUCUACCUUACCUUCCAGUUCUAUCACUUCCCGCCUACCACCAGCGAAAUGGGUUUUCUGGUGCCGGUUCGGUUGGAAGACGACGCAGUGGAUUCGACCAGCGUUAUUGUACCGGCGGAUCCGGCGAAGAAGGGCGCGGGGCUGGUGCUUAAGUUUGAGGUGGACGGCGGCGCGGAGCCAGUGCCGUCGGGGCAGACGGCGCAGCAGGCGGGCUUUGAAGCGGCCAUGGCGUUUGCGCAGUACCUGGCGCAUAAGACGUUGCACCUGGAUGUGUGGGACGGGGAGUCGUUGUUGCAGAUCGGCACUGCGUCAGUCGACCUGCAGUCCCUACUCCGUCAGGGUCGGGACUUCUCCGAGCUGCUGGUGGAGGUGCCUAUUUUGGAUCAGGCGGCAGUGGCACCCUCCCUGCAGGGUCAGAGCUUCGCUGAAGCAGCUUACAACCCAAACACAGGUCAGAACGACUCCAAGGCUACCGUCAUCUCCCGGGGCUCGAUUGUGCUGCGGGCUCUCAACCUGGGCCGGGACUCCCGCAACUCGGACGCCAAGCUGCCCGAGUUCGACGACGCACACAACCGGCCCAACAAGAAGAGGGUGCGGGCCAAGCCCGCCUGGGAGAUACCGCAGUCACCCAUCGCCAGGGAGCUGGCGGCGGGUCCGGCGGCCGGCAUGGCAGCAUCCCCCGGAGGCGGCGGGUCCGCGGCGUUCGUUGCCGCCCCCUUCGGUGCACCGGUGGGUCCGGGCCUGGCCCCUCCUUAUGAGGACAUGAAGCUGCGCAUCCUGGAGAACAGUCACCGCAAGAGCGCACGAGUGCAGCAGUACCUGAAGCUGGAGGACGUGGACGUGACCGGCGGGGGUGUUCGUCAGUCGGGGUACUCCGCUGGUCGGGAGGAUCAGUUCCGGAGGGUCCAAAAGCAGCUCCUGGCGGACGUAACGGCGGCGCGAGGUCGCCGCAAACAUGAGUUCAUCUUAGAGCAGCUGCGCAAGAGCAUGGUUACAAGGCGCGUGGUACGGCCGGCGUACGGAGAGGUGCUGGUGUACGAGCACGAGUUUCAAAAUCCGUACAGCCAUGAGCAGACGUUCGAGUUGCGCAUCAGCAAGCCCACGGAGGUGUCGGUGCUCUCCCGGAUGGAGGACUACCGGGCUCUGAGGGCCGCCAAUGCCAGGUUCCUGGGUACCGUGUCGCAACCGGUGGGGCCGCUGGAGCAGGAGAUUAUGAGCGGGAACAGGAUAUACUUGCAGGCACACGAGCGCAUCACGCUACCGUUCCGGCUGCAGUCCUUCGAGCCCCCGGAUGGAUACAAGAGCAGCGUCCUGACGGUGGCCAUCGAAAUGAUCAGCACCAAGGACGAUGUGCCUGUAUCGGUUUUGGAGCUGGAGGUGGUGCCCCGACCCAUCAUCAUCGACCGCACCUUCAGGUACUACCAGCCCGAGCAGCAGCUGCUGCGCACCACCGUCAAGCUGCGCAACCUGCCGGGGGCUCAGGCCUCCUACCUGGCCGCGGCACCUGGCGCCCUCCGUCACGUGUGUGCCGCCUGCAGCAACCCGGACGUCAUUCUGGGGGUGGGCAGUAGUGCCCUCACGGGGGGCCCUGAUCGAGAUGAGCUCUACAUCAAAUACAAGGUCGGCGCCGCCCCAGAAGUGGCCCACUUCUACGUACUGCUCUACCUGGACCGUCUCAUGGCUCGACCGGUGGAGGUGUGGCAGGUGUUCGUGCACUCCCUGCGCAAGGUGGACAUGCGCGCCAUGAUCGGACAGACCAGCCAGGCCAGUGUGGUGGUGAGGGGCGUCAUAUCGCGCCGAGUGGCGGCCUACAACACGCAUCCUGACGAGCUGCAGGUGUCCCCGGAUUCGUUCGUUUUGGUGGGUGGCGCUCUCACUGAGCUGCUGCUGAGCUUCAGACCGGUGGCCGUGGGUCUGAAGGACAUCAAGAUCAACAUCGUAGACAACGAGUCCCGGGAGCUGGUGUACGCGCUGCUGGUCAGCGCGGAGGCACAGGGACCGCUCAUCACCAGGACCUUUGAAGUGGAGCUUCCAGUGGGGACCGUGGCCAACAAGAAGAUCACCUACACCAAUCCAUAUGCGCACUACCGCGUCUUCACGCUGCGUUCCAACCAGCCCUGGCUCGUGCAUUUCACGCCACCACGGCUGCAAAUGCCCGCCGGCGCCACACGGCCGGUGGGCCUGACGUUUGACGCGCGCGCUGCCACCACAGGCAUUGUAGACGUGCUCGUGUUUGUAAACGAUGACGAGGACAAGACGGAGGAGUGCCUUAAAGUCCGGGUGCGAAUUUACAAGUGAAGAUGAUGACAUGAUGGGUUCUGUACGGCGCUGAGGGAGGGGAACGGGUUGCUGACGAGAGGAGAGGAUUUGCGUGAAAAACACCUCCAGCCACACGCUAGGGGAAUGCUUUGCACAUAUGGUUGGGCCGGGUAAGAGAUGCACUGCGUUUCUCACGGCUGGAUGUGACUUGGUUGAUGGUGUGCGGCGGCGGUCAUUGAGGAUGUUGUCGACUUUCCUGUGGGAGCUGAUGAACAGUACUGAACCAGGUUAGCUUCCCAGCUGCCAUGUUGGGUGACUUUGGCAGCCUGUGUGCGUGGAUGCACCCCCGUUUGGAGGAAUAGCCGCCUCCGUCGUCGUCGUCGUCGAAGGAGACGUGAAUGCGGGAGGAGCUUCACCGGCUGCUGGUUCCCUUCCGUCUCCACAUCCUGCGACUUGGUGUGCGCUGACUGACUGAGCUGACCGAGUUGACGUUAUUCCGAAGAACCUGGUGUGUGACCGACCGAUAAUGUGCAGGGCACAGUGCUACAGUCUAUAAGUGCAGUCAUAAGAGCCAAGUUAUAGGGGUGUAAAAUACUAAGUACGCGCAAGAUUGCGAACGCUGAGUUUCCGCUUCAAGCGCAUGUACAACAGGCAUACAUGCGUGUUUAAAAAUACGCAUAUGUGCACAGCUACAGACAAAAACACACAGGCGGGGUUUGCACUGAGGACCGUUCGUGUCCACUGUAACCCGUACGAAUCACUAAAACCACACAUCCAGAACGCGACGAGCAGCGCGACCAGCAUACUUUGCAUAAAUUUAUAGCCCAGCGGAUUCAGAAAAUGGUGAAAAGCAACAAUAGGGGCAGGCGGCUGGCAGAGGUUAAGGCCUGGCUUCUGCUCCCGUCGCGUCCCAGCGCGUCCGGGUUCAAAUCCGCCUGCCGACCUCUCGGGGUGUUUGAGAGGUGAUGAAAUGGGAGGUGGCCCCCCAUCUUGUGGACGGUGUAGGACGUGAUAAAAUCAACUCGCGAGCUGACCAGGAACUAAGUUGACGCGCCGUUGAUCCGCUAGAUUUGGUUGGAUGCUGGUGGUGAGCUGCCAAACUCAAAGAGUACACUCUGAAGUCGGAUGGGGUGAAUGGCUUAGGGUGCCCCUCUAGCAGGGGAGAGCAGGGAACUGCCUCGGGAAGGAGGCCACUGGUGAAGCUUAACCACCCUGUAACAACAUCAACAUCAACAAU